AUGCUGAAGUUCAGAUGUGUUUUAGGAAUAAAUCAGCUGCGAAAUGCGUGUAGUAUCGGUCCUAAAAAGAUGGCUGGACAACUCCCUGCUCCUCAGCUGGAAGAGACUUUCCAGUUGAUAGGAAGUACAACUGUUCGAGAGAUAUGCAAACCAGGGUCCACACAAGCCUCACAGCUUGGUCAAUUAAUCGAUGAGCUGGAGAGUGGGCAUGAUCUAAGAAAAGUGAGAAAUAAACUUAUACGCAAGUUUAGCUUGUCAUAUGAAGCGGUAAACUCAAGAUUGAAAAAUGCUGUCACGGAUCCGAUGCUUUUUGAAAUGUCAAUGUACCGAAAGUUAGGUCCUAAACAGUAUCUAUCAUUCACAAAGGCCCUAAAGACCACCAUUGAGAAUAGAGAUAUAUCUAUUGAGGACAAAAAGGUGAGACUUUAUCGAAUAAUAUCAUUGCAACAUGAUCUAUACCCUGAGGCUGCGAAAAAAGAUGGUUUUAUUAUUAGUGACGAUGUUCAUAAGUGGUUUUGGGAUAACCUGCCGAGAGCAGAGAGUUUUGAUCAUUUCUACUUUUUGAUCAAGAGUGAUAUACACCUGUCCUCCUGUCCUCACGUUCGAAAAUUUACCAAGAGGUUAAUGCAAGGUUCAGAGAUGGAACUGCAGUUGGCAACAUUUCAAUUAUUUUUACAUGAUGAGGCGCAUCGAGUUACUUUCCACAACAAGUUCAGUAAACUUUACAGCUUUGGUUCAAUGAUUAUUCUUGUCAAUAAGAUAUUGAACGGCAAAGACUUUAGGUUUAUCAAAAUAUACUUGGCAGCGUUGUUGCAUAAGAUGGAGCUGCUCAAAUCACCGCAAAGUCAGUCAAGAUCGAACAGAGUACUCUUUAUUCAUUUCAGCAACACACUUCUGUAUUACCUUGCACAGACAGGGAACACUCAGAUGUUUCUAGAGGCAUUUGCCAUUCAAUUGAAGCACAUGCAGAGAGUAGGAUUGCUGGAUGACUCUAACGUGGCAUCGCGACUCUUGCAACGAUCUUUGAAUUUUGUUCUAAAAUUGUUGCGGCAAAAGGGUCUUCAGGAGGAAGUGUUCCGUUUCAUAGGGAUCAUACAGAAAGUAUGCAUCGACAAAGAUCGAAAUUUCAAUGAGCGGGUUAUCGUUGAGUUAAUGUCUUCUUUAAGGUCUUUUAAUGACCCGAAACUGACUUGUCAAUACGUUCUUUCAGCAUUCAAAAAUGAGAAAACUGGUCAGCUUCUCAACGAGUUGGGUAUAUGGGGUGCUGUGUUCCAUCAAAGUCCCCAAGUAUUACCAGAAAAGGUAUUGAGUGCCGAGACAAAAGCCCAGGAAGAGCUACUCCCAAAGUCCUUACAGAUUGACGAAAUCCCUUCGCAUGCGGUCCUGACAGAGUUUUACAGAGUGAUAUUAUUCACUAAUGCAAGGAUAAUGGGACUUGAAGAGUACCAAAAUUUCCUACUCGAUCUCUACAAGAACUACACGAAGGCUCUUCGUCUCAAAAAGUUCAAAGGUGUAAAACAUGAUACUGGGAUACUGUCCGUCUUUCUUCACAAUAUUCGUCUCGAGUUGUCAAACCCUAAACUGGCUUAUGAAGUGCUCACCGAUUUUUAUUCCCAUAGUUUUGCCUCUAAUGUUAGAAUAACUUCCAAAAUCUGCCCAUUCUCGUUGGUAACCUAUAAAAACAAUCAUAUUUCACAGAUGGAACUUUCCAAUUUGCUCUACCUCAUGCAAUCAAAUGGCGUGGCAUUACGCCUGAGGUUUUGUAUUGCCAUGAUUCUCAGAUUUUUAGAAUUGAAUAAUCUAGUCGAAGCUAGGUCAUGGUAUGACAAGAUUUUACAGGCGAGAUUCGACAUCAAACACAAGCUACUGAUAAAAGCCAUCAGAGACAACGGUUGGGAAUAUCCAAGGAACUUUGACAUGUCUCUGCUGGACGAAAUAGAUAAUCCAUCAACAGAAGUCAACGAUGAUACGUUGUUUCUCGAAGGAAGUAGCGAGUUUGAAGACUCUGGGAGUUACGCAUGUGACAGUGAAAAGCCACUGCUGGAAGUUAUUGAUUUAGUUGAAAACCUGGCCAACAAAUCAAUGAGCAGGCUCAUCUAG